AUGGGUAAAGCUAAGAAGACUAGAAAGUUUGCAUUGGUUAAGCGUACUUUGAACUCUAAAGAUCCUCGUAUAUCGAAGAAUAAUAAAACUAAUAACAUCAACAACAAAACCAAAGAUGAUCCAGAAUUAACAAAAUCUAUACCGCAAGUUUCGUCAGCUUUAUUCUUCAAGUUUAACCUGGCUAUUAAGCCUCCAUACCAGGUGUUAAUAGAUACUAAUUUUAUCAAUUUUUCCAUUCAAAAGAAGGUUGAUAUAGUGAAGGGCUUAAUGGAUUGUUUAAUGGCCAAAGCUAUACCUAUAAUAACAGACUGUGUCAUGGCUGAAUUAGAAAAAUUGGGACCUAAGUAUCGUAUUGCAUUGAAACUUGCAAAAGAUCAUAGAAUUGAAAGGUUGAAGUGUAGUCAUAAAGGAAUAUAUGCAGAUGACUGCUUAGUCAACAGGGUUAUUCAACAUAAAUGUUAUAUCGUUGCCACAAAUGAUGCAGAUUUGAAAAGAAGAAUAAGAAAGGUUCCUGGGAUCCCAUUGAUUAGUGUAGGAGGUCAUGCAUACGUUAUUGAAAGAUUGCCUGAUGUCUUCUGA